AUUAACUACCACUUAUUUUAAGAAAUAGAUGGGAAAGAUAAAUGAGGAGUGGGAGACCAGCUCCUUCUGACGUUGGCUGUCUGGUUCUAAUAAAUUGCUUUAAGAACUUCCGUUCAGGAGGCUCCAAGCUGUGGUGCUGAGUCCAAAAGGGAAGGUGGAAUUCAAGUAUUUUUACUCCUUGUGCACAGUUACCUUAAGAGAACAACUGCAGCCCUUUUGAAUUAAGGAUCCUCUGCAUGUGAUGGUUUUACUUAUAAUACUGGGCUAGUCAGGAACUUAAGUAGUGUCAGUUCAGGACUAAGUGACCAGAGGCUGAAGCGAGGACUCGUACCGCUGUUAUGCCUAAAAAAAAAAUCGCUGUCCAGAAAGGACGGGGCUGACGCUGAAGAAAGAGAAACUUCAUGCUCAGUGAGGUAGGGCUGUUGCGGUAGGGCUGUUGCAGCCGUGCUGCUCGCAGCUCGCUGCCCUUCCUGCGCGGUUCCCGCAGUCCCGGCGGUUGCUCGCUCCCGCAGCCCCUGGCCCUGGCGUGGAGCCGGGGCGGCCCCUCUGCGCGAGGCGGCCACGAUGGGCGGCGGGAGGGGACGGAGCGCCCCGCGGCGUCGGGCUCGGCUCCAGUUCCUGCUUUUUACUCGCCGGGGCCGAACCUCCCGCCGGGCUCCUCCCGCUGAGCUCCGCGCCGGGCGGCGAUGAUGGACCGCGACCGCAACAAGACGCUGCUGCUGGAGCUGUUGAAGCUCAACGGGAACGAUCGCUGCGCCGACUGCGGGGAGCCGGAUCCAGAGUGGGCUUCAUACAAACUUGGAAUCUUCAUUUGUUUGAUGUGCUCCGGGAUCCAUCGCAACCUUCCUCAAGUCAGCAGGGUCAAAUCCCUUCGGCUGGACUUCUGGGAGAACGAUCUCAUAGAGUUUAUGAAGAAGCACGGGAAUCUCUGUGCCAAAGCUAAAUAUGAAGCAAAAGUCCCUCCCUAUUAUUACAUCCCCCAGUCCUGCGAUUGCUUAGUUUUAAGAGAACAAUGGAUUCGAGCUAAAUAUGAGCGUGAGGAGUUUGUUGCCACCCGAGUCUGCCAAGAUCCUUGUUCUGCAGGUAGCCAUGAAGGAUUCCUCUGGAAGCGUGGACGGGAGAGCAAACAGUUCAAGCAGAGGAGGUUUCUUCUGUCAGCACGGGAAGGGGUGAUGAAGUACUACACUAAAGAACCCAAAGGUCCAAAAGCUGUUAUCAGCAUUGACAAACUGAAUGUGAUGUUCCAGGCAGAGAAAAUCCAACAUGCUCACGGGCUGCAGAUCACAUACAAGACAGAUGGUCAAACGAGGAACCUUUUUGUCUAUCACGAAAGCGGAAAGGAGAUUGUUGACUGGUUCAAUGCCAUUCGGGCAGCACGUUACCAUUAUCUCAGAACAACCUUCCCAGCUCUCCCUGAGCAUGAGAUCAUACCCCGGAUCACAAGAAAUUAUAUCAAAGAAGGUUAUAUGGAGAAAACAGGACCAAAGCAGAAGGAGACCUUUAAGAUGCGCUGGUUCAGCCUAGACUCUGAAGAGAGGAGCCUGCUGUACUUUAAAAACCCACUGGAUGCAUUUCCACAAGGCCAAGUUUUUAUUGGAAGUAGAGUUGAGGGCUAUGAAGUACGAGCUGGCUUGCCCCAGGGAAUAUCUGUAAAGAAGAGGAAAUCAGGAAUCACCGUGGUCACACCAACGAGAGAUUUUUUGUUUCUGUGUGAAAAUGAUAGGGAGCAGAGGGAGUGGAUAGAUGCCUUGAAUGGAGUGAUUGCCCAGCCCUUGUCUGGUUGAGACUAACAUUGAGUUCUGGUGAACUGCACUUCUUGGGCUCUGUUCCUCACUGGUCUGCAUCCUCUUUCUGUCAGCAGGGAUGAUGCUUAAGCCCAUUCAGUGACUGUGCUACAAAGGGCUUCUCCCUUCAACAGCUACAGGUGCAGGAAAGGUGGCAAAAUAAAUGAGUGAGAGGAAUGCAGAUAUUCAGAAAUUAUCUGUAUCCCUUCUUUUGAAGUGCAUUCACUCUUCCUUACAUUCUCUGCUUUUGAGCAGAUGAAGCCUCCCCAUGCUGAUGUGGGGAUAUUGUUAUACAGAAGAAGUAACAAAGUUAGCGUAAAAAGUUUGACCAUGGAGGACUGGCAUGAAUUUCCUUGAGGAUUCCUGAAGAAUGUACUUGACAAUGCAGCCGUGCCAUACAUUCUGACAGUAAAUGUGACCAUCUGUUAUAUGCGUGCAUAGAAUAAGUGACCAAGAGGCAAAGACAUCACUACCUACCAGGACAAUGCAGCAUGUCCUGCUGGAUUGAUGAAAGAUAAAAAUACAUGUUGGAAUGACUGGAUGUCUUUCUUGGGGGGGAACAGAGGCAGACAACUACUAUACCUGCUUGCAUCUCCAGUCCAGUUAGGGACAUGGUUGUUGUCCAUGUAAUGUUUUUAAUGUCAUUUACAGCGUUACAUUUUCAUCAUAGAAACAAGUCUUGCAAACUUAAGUUUCUGAUGAAGCUUCCACCUCUUGCUGACGCUUGCCAGCCAGUAUGAGGUACCCCAAAUAGUUCUCUUCUACAGGAAUGAGGAAGUACCAAUAUGGAUGGAUUCCUAAGAUUAACUCUUUCCAUGGCAGCACAGAAAAAAGAAAAAAAGCAUUAGGUCAUCGUUCUGCCUGUGUCUUAUCAUUCAACCUUGAACAAUCCCUAUCAAUGGUUCUGUUUCCUGAUACAUUCUGGUUAACUUAAUCUCACACUAUUUGAAUGCCAGCUCAUGUGCUGGUUCAGAUCUAACAGCCUAUGCCUGUAUCCUCUGAAAUAAAUAGCAAAGCACUUUUGA